AUGACGAGUCGCUCACCAUCCCCCGACACAGUGCUCAAUGCGCCCUUGUUGGUGACGGACUCGUUGGCACCCCCGCGGGAUAUCAAGGCUGCGGGGACGACGAGUACAACUUUCGAUGGACUGCUCAAAGAGCCUCUCCUGCUAAAGGAGGAUCUCAAAAAUGGCUGUGGUGGUCAAUUUUGGCCUGCGGGCAUGGUGUUGUCCAAAUAUAUGCUCUCCACGCAUGCAAAAGAUUUGGCAGGGAAAUCAAUAGUGGAGUUAGGAGCUGGAGGUGGACUUGUCGGAUUGGCAGUUGCCCGCGGAUGCGAGAUCGGUCUCCCUCUUCACAUCACGGAUCAAGUUCCCAUGUUCGACCUAAUGAAAGACAACAUCGCUUUGAAUCAUCUGGACUCGGCCGUUGUGGCAUCGGUGCUGGACUGGGGAGAGCCCAUCCCCGGUCAUAUUCCGUCCAAACCCGACGUGAUCCUCGCGGCCGACUGCGUCUAUUUCGAACCCGCUUUUCCUCUCCUCAUCACCACGCUGCAGGAUUUGUUGGGUCCGAACUCGGUCUGUUACUUUUGUUACAAGAGACGGCGUAGAGCGGAUCUGCGGUUCAUGAAGAUGGCAAAGAAGGCCUUUGACGUGCAGGAGGUGCGCGAUGAUCCCAAUGCGGCCGAGUACAGUCGAGAGUCGCUAUACAUGUACACGAUCCGCAUGAAGCCCACCAAGCAACCGGCUACGACGACAAGGGAUCAUAUCUCAACCAUGAAGGAGUCGACGAUAUCAUUGGCAGAGGUGGAAAACCAGGAUUGA